UGAUGUAUUCGACACGUUCUCAGUUCAAGGUCGCACGACGUUAUCAAAAAUGUUUCUUACUCUGUGUGUAUUUAUUAUUAUAUAUGAAGCCUCAGUGAAUUCAUUGACUUUUGAAUUGGAAGACGGGUCAACUCAAUGUUAUUAUGAGACAUUUUCUGUUGGCGAUAAUUUCACUUUAGACUUUCACGUAGUUUCCGGUGGGAAUUACGACGUAGAUAUGUUGCUUACGGAUCCUAACAAACAGGUUAUUAAAUCCCUCUACCGUUCAUCGUCUGAUGAAGUUGAUGUCAAUGUUGAAGUCGAAGGUAUCUAUAAAGUUUGUUUCAGUAAUUAUUUCUCUUCCGUGUCCCACAAAAUUGUAUCGUUGACAUGGCGCAAUUCCAGUCUCGAUCCUUCAGAACGUGCAGCUGCUGUAAAUAGCGAGACACAGAUUUCAGAAAGUCUAUAUAAUCUACAUUCAGCAAUUUCCAAAGCAAUAGGUCAACAGUUUGAAAGUCGCAUACUUUUAAAACGAUCUUAUUCAAGUGCAGCGUUUCUUCAUAAUCGUGUCCUUUAUUGGUCAUUAGGCCAAACACUAGUUAUUAUUAUAUUUGGUAUUGGUCAAGUCUUAGUUAUGCGAUCAUUCUUCUCAUCUCCAUCAUCAUCAGCAUAUCAACGACCGGCGAAAUCAAUUCCCAUGCCUACUGCUCCAUUGCAUACAGUUGGCUUUUAAUUUAAUUUCUUUACUGGUCGCUGAUAAUAAAAUAAAGUGCUUUGUUCUGUGUGUUAUUUUGGAACAUGUUCAUGUGAUGUGAUAUAUGUAUGUAUAACAAUAUAAUUUUCUUUUUUUUGUAAUCAAAAUUUGUGAAACCGAUAUUUUUACAUUUUGGUGUAUUUUCUUUUGUUUUGUUUCCUUUUACUUUUUUUUCAAUACUACUUGCUUGUGUGUUUUUAAUGAAUUUUCAAUAUGAUGAUUUUAUAAUGUUUUUAUUAUUUUUAAAAGAAAAAUAAUUUGUGGCUAUUGUGAUAUACCCAAGAUUGUACUUGAUCGUUUCAAAGAAAUUGUGCACGCACUGGAUCGGAAGUUAAUUAAUUACAA